GUUUGUCCAGCGUAGUCCGGUAACGUUGCUGAGCAGCACUAUUAUCGUCCACAUUAUCCAAUGUGCCAUCGCUGCCACCACCCUGGACCAUCGAGAUGCCAACUGCAGCGUCAUGAAGUUCGUCAGAGACCUCAUUCACACCGGGGUCACCAAUGACCAUGAGGAUGACUUUGAGAUUCGAAAGCGUCUGAUUGGCCAGGUGAUGGAGCAGCGUGGGCAGCAGCUAGUGACUCAGCUGAUCAACACCUGCUGUUUCUGCCUGCCGCCUUACACUCUGCCUGAUGUGGCGGAGGUACUCUGGGAGAUCAUGGUCUUUGAUCGGCCGGUAUGUUUGUACUCUUUUUGAACACUUUUUGAAUGUCCCUCAAAUACAGAUUUACUUUUAUGCAUUGCAACCCUCUGCACACCUUGGCAAUAGA